UUGUAACGCCGAUCCCCGCCCCCCAGCGCAGUGUUUUGGGACAUGCACACAAGGGUCAAAAUACCUAACUGGCGUUUUUCUUUCGGCCACAUCCAGGGCUGCGGUACCGGGGCCGCUUCUUGUCCCCCAGGCCGGCACUGUGCGCGGCUGCCGGCUCCUAUAUGACCGCCUCAUCCCCAUAUACAUGGAAGAAAGACUCCGGGAGGCGGCUGCUCUGGGAGACCUGGAAGAAGUCCAGAAGCUGCUGAGCGCCGGGGCGGACGUCAACUCCCAGAAUGAGAUCAACGGAUGGACCUGUCUCCACUGGGCUUCUAAGAGGAAUCACCUGCGCGUGGUCACCUACCUGCUAGAGGCCGGGGCCGACAAGGAGAUCUUCACAAGCAAAGGGGAGAUAGCAGCUCAACUGACCUCCAGGAGAGACAUCAAGAGAGCACUGGGGGUUGAAGACUUGGAACCUGAAGAUGUUAAACCCGAGUCUGAAUUAUCCUUUGUUCCAAACUACCUGGUGAACCCAGCCGCACCUUUCACCUACACCCGAGACGGCCUCAAACCGGAGACUACUACCCCCUGCGUGGAGAACGGUACCUCCCACUCCGCGCCUCCACCGCCGCCGCCCGCGGCUGGAUUCCCGCUGCUGAACAAUGGGGUGGAGAACAUUCACAUCACUACCUCAGUGAAGAAGGACGACAAGUUCCCGGCCUUGUUUUAUAACGGAGAAGUGCAGCUCCCGCCGGAAUGUACGCACUCGCCCGUGCAGGGGGGCCCCGUCCCCCAGAACUGCAGCAUGUACUCCCCUGUCCCCUCUAAUCUACCACAUGGGGGCGCUCACGGUGGACCUAUGCAAGUGUUUCAGCCGUUCUUCUUUACUGGAGCCUUCCCAUCCAAUAUGAAAGAAUUGGUCCUGAAGGUGAGAAUUCAGAGCAGUUCCCCCGGGGACAACGACUUCAUCGAGGUGGAGAUGGACCGGGAGGAGCUGACGUACCGGGAGCUGCUGCGCGUCUGCUGCUACGAGCUGGGGGUCGGCCCCGACAGCGUGGAGAAAAUCCGGAAACUACCCAACACCGUGCUCAGGAAGGACAAAGAUGUCGCCCGUCUGCAGGACUUCCAGGAGCUGGAGCUGGUCCUGAAGCAGGACCAGCUCCUGUUCAGGACCUCGACGUCUCUCACCGACAGACCCUGCUUCAACACGAAGGCCUCGAAGCUCACCUACUGACGCUGACCCUACUAAGAGUGACCGGAGCCCUGCCCCCGCUCCUAGGCUAGUGAUGCCGGAUUACAAAGAAUUAUUUUUUACUAAUAUAUAAAAAAAUAUAUGUGAAUCCCUCCCAAAUGAAAGGACUUAACCCCCCGGGGUCUAUAUUUUAGAUUUAUUUUUUAUUUUUAUGUGACCUCCGGGGUAGUUCUAUGCCACAUUGGCUGUUGUAGGGGGGCUACCUUCCAGCACGGCCUCCGCUGAGAGUUGUAGUUCUCCACGUCGUACCUCUGGGCUCACCAGUAAAUACACUAAUACAGGAAGUACUAUAGGAGACCAUUAGGUUUACUGACGCAGACUGGGGGCCAUCACUACCGCCCUCUCGACUGUUAGCCUCCCGCUCCGUACCCCAGCUGAAAAGAAAUGCCACCGGUGUAGAAGUAGUCGUGCAAUAAAGGCGUCACCGUGGCUUUAAACAUAAUCCAAGCGCAGCCGGGAAAGUGGGCGCGCGGUGUGGUGAUUCCAGUCAAAAAUAAAUCUUUACACCUAUUCACAUGCGUUUUAUUGUCCAUAGGUGGCAGUAUUUGUGUAAUAAUCAUCUUGCCUGUAGGGGGCGGUAUUAUACUGGUUGUAGUGUCGCCUGUAGGGGGCGGUAUUAUACUGGUUGUAGUGUCGCCUGUAGGGGGCGGUAUUAUACUGGUUGUAGUGUCGCCUGUAGGGGGCGGUAUUAUACUGGUUGUAGUGUCGCGGUAUUAUACUGGUUGUAGUGUCGCCUGUAGGGGGCGGUAUUAUACUGGUUGUAGUGUCGCCUGUAGGGGGCGGUAUUAUACUGGUUGUAGUGACGCCUGUAGGGGGCGGUAUUAUACUGGUUGUAGUGUCGCCUGUAGGGUGGCGGUAUUAUACUGGUUGUAGUGUCGCCUGUAGGGGGCGGUAUUAUACUGGUUGUAGUGUCGCCUGUAGGGGGCGGUAUUAUACUGGUUGUAGUGUCGCCUGUAGGGGGCGGUAUUAUACUGGUUGUAGUGUCGCCUGUAGGGGGCGGUAUUAUACUGGUUGUAGUGUCGCCUGUAGGGGGCGGUAUUAUACUGGUUGUAGUGUCGCCUGUAGGGUGGCGGUAUUAUACUGGUUGUAGUGUCGCCUGUAGGGGGCGGUAUUAUACUGGUUGUAGUGUCGCGGUAUUAUACUGGUUGUAGUGUCGCCUGUAGGGGGCGGUAUUAUACUGGUUGUAGUGUCGCCUGUAGGGGGCGGUAUUAUACUGGUUGUAGUGUCGCCUGUAGGGGGCGGUAUUAUAUCGGUUUUCCCAGCAGGGGGGCGACAGUGAGCGCCGGAGGAAGCUCCUCCCAUCUCAGGGCACAGAGAAUAUAAAUCCUGAGGGGAGAAAUGUAGACUAUAUAAUAAUAAAAAAAAGGACUAAAUAUA